UUAUAGCUUUCGAACAGUGAAGACUUUCCAGGGCAUCAUGAUGAAAUUGAUAUUGAGUUCCUUGGGACUACUCCAGGUAAACCAUAUGUGUUGCAAACAAAUGUGUACAUGAAAGGAAGUGGGGAUGGUCAUAUUAUUGGCAGAGAAAUGCAGUUUCAUCUUUGGUUCGAUCCAACUAAAGGUUUUCAUAAUUAUGCUAUCCUUUGGAACCCCAAUGAAAUAAUAUUUUUUGUGGACGAUGUUCCAAUAAGAAGGUACCCAAAGAAAAGUGAUGCAAUAUUUCCACAAAGGCCAAUGUAUGUGUAUGGUUCCAUUUGGGAUGCUUCAUCAUGGGCUACAGAGGAUGGAAGGAUCAAAGCUGAUUAUAAGUACCAACCAUUCGUCGGAAAAUACAACAAUUUCAAGAUAGGUGGUUGCACCACCAACGAUAAUCCUUCAUGCCGCCCGCCAUCUGGCUCUCCAUCGAGAUCCGGCGGGCUGAGCCGCCAACAGAAUGAUGCAAUGGAAUGGGUGCAAAGGAACUAUAAAGUGUACGAUUAUUGUCGUGACCCCCAAAGAGAUCGUACUCAUACACCUGAGUGCUAGAAAUGGAGAAAAGAAAAUAAAUACAGUUUUAUUUUUGGAGUGUCUUGGGAUGGAUCAUAUCAUGAUGAAUGUGAUGAAAAAGUAAUUGAAGCGUCCAAGCCUUCAAGGAUUUGGAGAUGUGGAAUUUUACUUAAUUUUCUUAAAAAGUUGAAGGUAUAAUUUGAGCAUUUUUGUUCCA